AUGGAGAAAAAAGAAGAAGUGGUUGUGGGAGUGCCAGUGUAUUACGGCGGCGAAAACGAAUACCAAAGGGGAGUGGUCCCUCCUAACGCGGUGGUGGGAGAUCCGAAGGGCAUCCCAAUCCAGCAGACCAUUUACAGGGACACUCCUGCUCCAUUCAACUGCCCUUUAUGCGGUAACACCGGUCUCACUACCGUCAGAUCAAAGCCCAGUCUGGCAGCAGUUGUUGGAUGCUUGAUGCCAAUGAUGCUUGGAGUUUGCUUUCUUUGUCCUUCAAUGGACUGCCUCUGGCAUAAAUAUCACUACUGCCCUAAAUGUCAUGAAAAGGUUGCUGAUUUUGAGAAAUCAGAUCCCUGUGCUGUGAUGGAUCCGCCACACUGGACACAGGAGAGCUUUGCAUUGUCUGGAUAAGAUGAUAAUUCUGUUUCUGGCAUUUGGACUUGCUUUUUCUGCAUAUCUAAAGAAGUAGCUGUUAUGUGUGCAUGGGACAAUGAAAAAUUCUGGUUACUUGCUGCUCCUGCGUUUGAUCUAAAUUUGAGUUAUCUACUUGUACAUCUGUUUGCAUAGGGAUAAUACUGUAUACACUCAUGUUUUGUCAAUAUUAUAAUUUAAAGAGAACCGCAGGCAUCCACAAUCUGCAUGCUUUGUUUUGGCCUUGGUAAGAGAACAGUUGAACUCAGUUGUUUGGU